AUAUUGCUUACGGACGAGCGAACCAGGAACCAGAAAUCUUUUUCCUGUAACCCUAACUGGCUCGCCGGACGGCCGGCGCCAAACGGGAGAGGCCGGCCGGCCGAUGAGUUCUUUCCUUUUCGGAUAUUCUCUUCUCCGUAACUCAAUUCAGAGACGCAACUACCUAAUCGUCACAAAUGAAUUUGCGAAAAAUGAAAUGGAAGGAAGCCACGUGACGAGACAACUGGUGGGUCGCCAUAAUAAAUGGGAGCAUCAGAAGCCAACCAAAAAUGAGGUCUUUUAAGGUCUUCAACCACUUCCUCACCCUCACGAAUCGCCUCUUAUGCCUUCAACAACCCCCAAUCUCUUCAAGCUUCGCAUCCUUGUGUUUCUCCUUUUCUCACUCUCGUCGCCGCUUUUCAUCUGUAGAUCAUAGUGCAUUCAUGGAGGUUGUUAAAGCAGUUGCUAGACUGGGUUCUUCAUCUUGUGAAACCAUUGCUAUAAGGGCUGAUCAGAAGAGCUAUACUUAUUCUCAUCUUAUCUCAUCUGCCUGGAGGAUAUCAAGGCUAUUAUGCAAUGCUGAUUUAGAUACUGUUGAUGGAACGAGACAAAAUGACCAUCUUAGUGGAGCCCGAAUAGGAAUUGUGGCAAAACCUUCUGCUGAGUUUGUUGCUUGCAUGCUGGGGACUUGGUUUAGUGGAGCUGUUGCUGUUCCACUUGCUUUAAGCUAUCCAGAGGCCGAGCUCUUGCAUGUGAUGCAUGACUCGGAUAUUUCUAUGAUUUUGAGCACUGAAGACCAUGCAGAGCUCAUGCAAAAUGUUGCAACUAAAAGUGCUGCUCGCUUUUCUCUUAUUCCUCCUGUACCGUUUAUACCUUCAAAGACAACUGAGCAUGAUAAGUCAGGAACUGGAGAAAUGGAUGUCAGUAAAAUUCUGGACAGGAUUGACAAUUCGAAGAAGAUACAAGAUGAUGACCCUGCACUAAUUGUUUACACAAGUGGUACCACUGGUAAACCAAAAGGAGUUGUUCACACACACCAAGGCAUUUUAACACAGGCCCAAAUGUUGACGAAUGCUUGGGAGUAUACUUCUGCCGAUCAAUUUCUGCACUGUCUCCCAUUACAUCAUGUUCAUGGGCUUUUCAAUGCUUUACUUGCCCCUCUCUAUGCAGGUUCCACGGUUGAGUUCAUUCCAAAGUUUAGUGUGAGAGGAAUCUGGCAGAGAUGGCGUGAAUCCUAUCCCAAAGAUGGGACAAAGGCAGAUGACGCUAUAACUGUUUUUACUGGAGUACCAACAAUGUACACUCGACUAAUUCAAGGUUAUGAAGCAAUGGAUCCAGACUUGAAAGAGGCUUCUGCUUUAGCUGCCAGCAAGUUGCGUCUCAUGAUGUCUGGUUCCUCUGCACUUCCUUAUCCUGUCAUGCAACAAUGGGAAAUUAUAACUGGACAUUGCCUUUUAGAACGAUAUGGUAUGACUGAGUUUGUCAUGGCCAUUUCCAAUCCCUUGAGAGGCUUAAGGAAAGGAGGCACUGUUGGGCACCCAUUUCCAGGUGUGGAGGCCAAAAUACUUGUGGAAGAUGGUACUGGGGAUGAUAUGACAGGAGUGGGUGAGCUUUGCAUUAGAAGCCCGUCAUUGUUUAAGGAAUAUUGGAAACUUCCUGAGGUGACAAAGGAAUCCUUCAUUGAUGGUGGGUUUUUCAAGACUGGGGAUGCUGUUAAAGUGGAUGAAGAUGGAUACUAUGUCAUUUUGGGACGCACUAGCGCUGAUAUUAUGAAGGUUGGUGGAUACAAGUUAUCAGCAUUAGAAAUUGAAUCAGCUCUUUUAGAGCAUCCAGCUGUAUCAGAGUGUUGUGUGUUGGGCUUGCCGGACAAGGACUAUGGGGAAGCUGUUUCUGCAAUAAUUGUCCCUGAGGAAGAGACUAAGAAAAAACGAGAGGAAGAGUUGGAGCCGGCUCUUAGCUUGGAAGAACUUUGCACCUGGGCCAAAGAGAGAAUUGCACCAUACAAGCUACCAACUCGAUUGUUCCUAUGGGAGACUCUUCCGCGUAAUGCUAUGGGAAAGGUGAACAAAAAAGAACUGAAGAAAACGUUUGCUGCCGAGAAACAAUAAAUUUUUUUUGUAGCAAAUUGUUCCCAGUGGCUUCAACAUCCAGCAGUAAUUUAUAGAGUAGCAUUGCUUCCCUGUGGUUGCCACAUUGUCCUGGUUUCUGCAGAAGAUGCUGAGAAGCAAGAAAAUUAAGCACUAAGCCAGAGAUCUUUCACGAGUCGCUGCUUGUGAAGGGUAUCAAUCUAAUGCAGUGAUCUUCAUUCUAUUGGGAGGCAAAGCAUUUUUGGUUGAACAAUUAUUUUUGUAUUUUGUGUUUUAAUAAGAUGGAAGAUUGUUUCUAGUUUUGUCAGUUAAAAGCUCAUUUCAUUGUAUUUUCCAGGAUAAGGCAUGUUAUUUCUCUAUACAUCAUUCCAUCCCUUUGAUGGGCUCCAACUUUAACUUAACUAUCAAAUUACCACAAAUAUGUAGCCAAUUUCAAGAUC